CGCCGAGCCCCUUAGGACGGCCUCGUCCGCCCCACCUGUCCCACAAGAGCGUGGAAGGCAGUGGGAGCGACGGGAUGAGAGUCACAAGAUAAAGCGGCCGGAGGAGGGGGGAUGCCACCCGCAGCGCCUCGCGGCCGCCGAGCUCGCAUUGCGCGGCGCUGAGCCGAGCCUCAAAGGCUUGAAGGAGGGGUGCAGACAGGCCGAGUCCCUGUGAGGCUAAGACCGAAGUUUCGCCGCCGGCCGGCUGGCUGCGCUCCGGCGGAUCGCCGCGUCGCCCCCUUGGACACCACCUCGGUCGCCGCAGGUGAGCGGGGCCGGCACUGCCCGGAGGCAACAGGUUUGGGACUAGCAUGCGCGGCGUGCAGGGAGGGACUGAACCUUCGGGGACAAAAGGGAAGGACGGGCCCCCGGACGUCAGCGCCAUGAAUGCGACAACGGUGGGAACGCGGUGCGAGCUGCGGCGGUUCGGCCAAGUGCGGGCUUGGCCAGACGGAGAGAUGGCAAAUCCUGAAGUUGUUAUAAGUAACUACAGCUCUCUGGAAGAGGAAAAUCACUACACUUUUAACCAGCAUACAUUUUCCUCUGAGCAGCUUCUAUUAGAAGACCAGAUGAGGCAAAAAGUCAGUUUUUUUUUCAUGAACCCUUGUGAGAAGUUCCGGACUCAAGGUAGAAAACCGUGGAAACUUGGCACACAAAUUCUAAAAAUUGUAAUGGUGACGAUCCAGCUGAUCCUGUUUGGGCUAAGUAACCAGAUGGUGGUAGCUUUCACAGAAGAGAACACUAUAGCAUUCAAACACCUCUUCCUAAAAGGAUAUGUGGAUGUGAACCAAUUGGAUGACACCUAUGCAGUAUACACACAAAGUGAUGUUUAUGAUCAGAUCAUCUUUGCAGUAAACCAGUACUUGCAGCUGCGCAAUGUCUCAGUUGGGAAUCACGCUUACAAGAGAGAGGGUUCGGAGGAAUCUCCUAUGGCAAUCUGUCAGCACUUCUACAAGCAAGGAAACAUCUUUCCUGAAAAUGACACCUUUGACAUUGAUUCUGAAAUUGAAACUGAAUGUUUCUUUAUAGAGCCAGAUGAAUCUUUUUAUAUUGGAACACUAGAAGAAAAUAAACUCAAUUUAACACUGGACUUUCACAGACUUCUAACAGUGGAGCUGCAGUUUAAACUAAAGGCCAUUAAUCUGCAGACCAUUAGUCAUCAGGAGCUUCCUGACUGUUAUGACUUUACAGUGACUAUAACAUUUGACAAUAAGGCCCAUAGUGGAAGAAUUAAGAUAAGUUUAGAAAAUGACAUUUCCAUCAAAGAAUGUAAAGAUUGGCAUAUAUCUGGAUCAAUUCAGAAGAACACUCAUUACAUGAUGAUCUUUGAUGCCUUUGUAAUUCUGACAUGUUUGGCUUCAUUAAUGCUGUGCAUUCGAUCUGUGAUUAGAGGACUUCAACUUCAGCAGGAAUAUACCAAGUUUUUCCUCCUCUACUAUAAGAAGGAAGUUUCUGUUUCUGAUAGAAUGGAAUUUGUCAAUGGAUGGUACGUUACAAUUAUCAUUAGUGACAUAUUGACAAUCACUGGAUCAGUUCUGAAAAUGGAAAUCCAAGCUAAGAGUCUAGCGAGUUAUGAUGUCUGUAGCAUACUUCUUGGGACCUCUACCAUGCUUGUGUGGCUUGGAGUCAUCCGAUACCUCGGUUUCUUUCAGAAGUACAAUCUCCUUAUUCUGACCCUGCAGGCAGCACUGCCCAGUGUCAUCAGGUUCUGUUGCUGUGCAGCUAUGAUUUAUUUAGGCUAUUGCUUCUGUGGAUGGAUUGUGCUGGGCCCUUACCAUGAUAAGUUCCGUUCUCUGAACAUUGUCUCUGAGUGCCUUUUCUCUCUGAUAAAUGGAGAUGAUAUGUUUGCCACAUUUGCAAAUAUGCAGCAAAAAAGUUACUUGGUCUGGUUGUUUAGCAGAAUCUACCUCUACUCAUUCAUCAGCCUCUUCAUAUAUAUGGUUUUAAGUCUUUUCAUAGCGCUGAUCACUGAUACAUAUGAAACAAUUAAGCAUUACCAACAACAUGGCUUCCCAGAGACUGACCUGCGUACAUUUAUAUCAGAGUGCAAACAUCUACCCAAUUCUGGAAAAUACAGAUUAGAAGAUGACCCUCCAGUAUCUAUAAUCUGCUGUUGUAAAAAGUAGCUAUCAGGCUAAUCUGUGCUCUCAAGGGAAAUAAAGGGGGCUGAGUUGGGAGACUGUAUAGAUACUUUAAGAUCAGGUGUAAUGCAUUCAAAGACUAAUACUAUUUUGAGCAAAUUGAUGGCUAUAAUCCAUUAAGAACUAUGUUUAUAUUUUUAAAAGUAAUAUUUAAUGUCUUUGUAGCUUUAUGUUUGGUUUAUUUAAAAAACAACUAACCUUAAUGAGGGAAGCUUUCUUGUUUAUUUUGCCAUAGCUUUAGAAUGGCCCUCUUUCCUCUAGCUUUUACAUUUUUUCUUCUAGCUAUUCUGACUGUGCUGUGUCAUCAGUGGAAAAUAAUGCCUGGUUUGACUUCAGAUAGCUCACUAACCCUGGCCUGGACCACUCUCAGGGUUCCAUCCCCGAGACAGAGGUUGAUUGCUAUAUAUCCAGUAAUCAUUGCAUUUUAAAACCUUCUCUUAAAGGGUAGACUAAGCAAGCAAGAACCACCACCAGGUAACAGCCUAAUAUUUGAUUCUGAAGGACAACUGUUACCUGGCUGCUUUUAGUUGUGGAAAGGACUGGGUUUUUAA